GCUCCAGUCUGUUUGUAAACUCCACGUCUCUAUACCUCUGCUCUCCCGUUCGCCGCGCUCCGCGGGUGAGGGUGCAGAGAUUCGGCUUUCAACAAUUACAUAAAAGCAACACAGUGGCACCAAACGGGUCGGACGGACGGUUCACUUUAAGCCCAUUCAUCGGGAGAGAGCCGAAGCAAAGGAAGAAACGGAGGGACCGGCAGGCGAAAGUCUCCCAGUCAUCAUCUCCCUCUCGUUCUGCGGCUUUCAUUUCGUCCCGUCGCGUUUCGUCAUGGGGAAGUCGCUCUUUCGGGGUCCGCCGACAGCACAUGCGUGACUUCGGGAUCCAGGGUGUUGGAUACAAGCCUUGGACUUGUCGCCGUGAAUUAGCAGUUUGUUUCUGACAUCGACAAUUAGACGAGAAGGUGAUGUGGUUUAUGAAUAGACUCGUUUGUGCGGCUGUGAAGCUGACAGUUUGAGCGGACGAUUUAAGGAUUUGUCUGCAGCGUUUCUUUCCACGGAUACCUGCAUUGGUUGCUUUUAUUUUUCUAUUUUAGGACCAUGGAAUUAACAGGCAAAGCGCUUGUCGAUUUUUUGCACGCAUGAACCUUUCGAUAAAGCACGCGCUGCUUUUUUCCCCCCCUCCUGCUUCAAAUGCGUUCACUUUUUUAGACGGAGAGUGGGUUGGCAUCUCCUUUUUCAUGUUCAUUUGUUUUUGCAUUAAUCGAGUGGCGAUAUUUUGAGACUGGCAUGCUUUUGAAGCCAACCGUACCGGGACUGUGCGCGAUGUUGCAGACGAUCUAUGAGACAGAGUCCUGCUUCUCUUCAGACAGCACGUCCAGCAGAGAGCGACCCGUGGAGCUGCUUUCUCAGUCCAGGAGCACCAGCAUGCCCAGCACCGCAGUGGAUGUAAAGACCUUGCUCCCCUCUGGGAUGCAGAGCCCGGUGGGCGGUGGAGGAGAUCAGGGCGGAGGCAGCGGAGGGCCGGUGGAUCUGCGUACGGACCCGCGUCUGAGCGCGCUAAGCACGGUAGACCCGGCGCUGAGGGAAAAACAGCUACAGCACGAGCUGCUCCUGCUCAAACAACAGCAAGAGCUGCAGAAACAGCUGCUGUUCGCCGAGUUCCAGAAGCAGCACGAGGUUUUGACGCGUCAACAUGAAGUGCAGCUGCAAGAACAUCUGAAGGUACGACCCUCUCUGUCCUCCCCGCACACAUCAUCUCCUUCAGCUGUGGUGCUUGACCUCCGAACUCUUUCUAAACAGCAACAGCAGGAGAUCCUUGCCGCCAAGCGUCAACAGGAGCUGGAGCAGAAGAGGAAGUUGGAACAGCAGCGGCACGAAGAGAUGGAGAAGCAGAGACUGGAGCAACAGCUCAUCAUGCUGCGGAACAAAGAGAAGGGCAAAGAGAGUGCUAUCGCUAGUACUGAGGUCAAACUGAAGCUGCAGGAGUUCCUGUUGAGCAAAAAGGAACCGGGCCCCGGUGGACUCAACCAUUCCUUCCCCCAGAAGUGCUGGGGGCCUCACCACGCGUCCCUGGAGCAGAGCUCCCCUCCACAGAGCAACACACCGGGCACGCCGCCCUCCUACAAACUCCCCCCACUGUUAGGGUCCUACGAGGGCAAGGAUGACUUCCCUCUCCGUAAGACCGCCUCUGAACCCAAUCUGAAGGUACGUUCACGGUUAAAACAGAAGGUGGCUGAGAGGAGGAGCAGCCCACUUCUUAGACGGAAAGAUGGUACUGUGAUCAGCACCUUCAAGAAAAGGGCGAUUGAGAUCUCAGUGUCCUCUAUGUGCAGCAGUGCUCCUGGCUCGGGUCCCAGUUCUCCGAACAGCUCUAACUGUGCCAUUGCCGAGAAUGGCUCCAGCGGAUCCGUCCCAAACAUCCACGCUGAGUUGCGUUCUCUGCAUCAGUCUUUGACUGGAGAUGGGACACCGAGUCCCCUUAGCCUCUACACCUCUCCAUCUCUGCCCAACAUCUCACUUGGACUGCCUGCCAACGCGCACAUCACGGCUCCUCAGAAACUCAGUGCCCAGCAGGAGGCAGAGCGGCAGACAAUCCAGAGUUUGCGGCAAGGUGGGCCACUGACAGGGAAGUUCAUCAGCACAUCGUCUCUGCCGACUGGCCUUCCUACCGUUGCACCCCAUGACCCUGAGCCCCCUUCCGCUUCUAAUAGCCACAGUAGCCAUUCCUCGCUGCUCCAGCACGUCCUGCUGCUGGAGCAGGCUCGACAACAGAGCGCACUUCUCGCAGUUCCCAUGUACGGACAAUCUCCGCUGGUAACGGGUGAGCGGGUGUCCAACAACAUGCGUACAGUGAACAAGUUGCCUAGGCACAGGCCGCUGAGCCGUACCCAAUCAGCGCCGCUGCCGCAAACACCACAGGCCCUGCAGCACCUCGUAAUGCAACAGCAGCACCAGCACUUCCUCGAGAAACAGAAACACUACCAGCUAAAUAAGAUCCUUUCCAAAGGGGCUGAACUUCCAAGGCAGCCUCCCACGCACCCAGAGGAGACAGAGGAGGAGCUUACAGAAACCGCAGAGAUGCAGGAUGAGCGGGGGGAAGGGCUUGAUCACAUAAGGGAGGGGCUACAGAAAGAGAGCUCCGGCGAAACCACACCCCCUUCGGAACGUCUGGUUCCGUUGAAGGGAGAAAGCACAGAAAGUGAUUUGGAGGAGGAAGACGAUGAAGACGAAGCUAUUGAACUUAGGGAAUGCGAUGAAGAGGGCGCUCCCUAUGGCCAGUAUUUGGACCAGCAGCAUGUGCAGCAACUGAAUGUGUUCCAGGCAUCUCUAUCCAUCACAGGAAUGCCCCACAGACCCCUGGGAAGGGCACAGUCGUCCCCCGUCACUUCUAGUCUUAAAGGAGCGCCUCUGAACGAGGUUCCCAUUAAGCAUCUCUUCACAACAGGGCUGGUGUACGACACCUUCAUGCUGAAGCACCAGUGCAUAUGUGGGAACACAAACAUUCAUCCCGAACACGCCGGGCGCAUUCAGAGUGUUUGGUCCAGGCUACAGGAAACGGGGCUGCUUGGGCGCUGUGAGAGGAUCAGGGGAAGGAAGGCCACGCUAGACGAAAUCCAAACGGUUCAUUCUGAGUAUCACACGCUGCUCUACGGCACCAGUCCACUGAACCGACAGAAGCUGGACAGCAAGAAACUUUUAGGUCCAAUAAGUCAGAAAAUGUAUGCUGUCCUUCCAUGUGGAGGCAUUGGGGUGGACAGCGACACAGUGUGGAACGAGAUGCACUCGUCAGGUGCGGUCCGGAUGGCGGUGGGCUGCGUCAUUGAGCUGGCCUUCAAAGUUGCUGCUGGAGAACUGAAGAACGGGUUUGCGGUGGUCCGUCCUCCUGGUCAUCAUGCGGAGGAAUCGACCGCCAUGGGUUUCUGUUUCUUCAACUCGGUGGCCAUCACUGCCAAACUCCUGCAGCAGAAACUCGGGGUGGGCAAGAUCCUGAUCAUAGACUGGGAUAUUCACCAUGGAAACGGCACCCAGCAGGCCUUCUAUAAUGACCCCAAUGUGUUGUACAUUUCACUGCAUCGUUAUGACGAUGGUAACUUUUUCCCAGGCAGCGGCGCUCCUGAGGAGGUGGGUGUAGGUCCAGGAGAGGGCUUUAAUGUCAACAUUGCCUGGACGGGUGGAGUGGAGCCACCUAUGGGUGAUGUGGAGUAUCUAACUGCCUUCAGAACGGUGGUGAUGCCCAUAGCCAAUGAGUUCUCCCCGGAUGUAGUGCUAGUGUCAGCUGGUUUUGACGCUGUGGAGGGUCAUCAGUCCCCCCUGGGUGGAUAUAAUGUCACCGCCAAAUGUUUCGGCCAUCUCACUAAGCAGUUGAUGAAGUUGGCUGGCGGCCGUGUGGUUUUGGCGCUGGAAGGAGGUCAUGACCUCACCGCCAUCUGUGACGCAUCUGAGUCCUGCGUGGCUGCAUUGCUUGGAGACGAGUUGGAUCCUCUACCACUGACUGUGCUUCAACAGAAACCAUGUCCAAAAGCCACAGCCUCCCUAGAGAGGGUCAUUGAGAUUCAGAGUAAACACUGGACGUCGCUGCAGAGGUUGGCUCCUACAGUGGGUCACUCUCUACUGGAUGCUCAGAGACGGGAGAAGGACGAGGCAGACACUUUGACCGCCAUGGCCUCUCUCACUGUGGACAACGAUCAGCAAAAGACCUCCACAGAAACCAGCAGAUCAGCGGAGGAGCCGAUGGAGGAGGAGCCCGUGUUGUAGAAGAGCGAGCACAGUGCAUCACUGCUCCAACCUUCUUGUCCACGCGUGCUUGGCACUGGUCACCCUGACGUCACGCCUCAUGUUCCUCCUCCCAGCUCUUUGAUUGGUUCCCUCGGUCCUUCACUCAUUUCCAGGUGCUUGACUGACACGUUCACAGCCCACCCACUUCGGCUUUUCUGAGGUUAAAGCAUAGCAAACUGUUGCUGAAAGGGGACGACAAGGCAUGAUGAGUAAUUACAGGACCGCUCCAGUGAGGGUUGUGCGAGCUGGACCGGCCGAACAAUGGAGUGCUCUUCAGAGAGAGGCCUUCGAUUUCAUUUUCUCAUCGUAUUGGACUGAGGACGUAAAGAAGAAAAUGCAAAAAAAAAAAAACGAAAAAACGAAAAAAUUCAAAAGAAGAGGAGGAAGGGAAAAACAGUGUGACAGCACAGGGAGGUUGUCACUCGGAGGGCGAAAAGCUUUGUUUUCUGUACAAAGUAUAUGUACAAAGUUCCAAAAAAAGCCAACAAGCAGCAAAAAUAUUUCAGCACAAAACACACUUAUACACUCAUUCACGAGCAACACGGUUCCCGAAAGAGGAACCUGCUGUGUCGAAACACCUUUUGCAGACAAGUAUACUCGUUUACACUGUACCGUGUCGAUUUUUUUGGUAUACUUGUUCAUCUGUAUAAUAGCCUGUUAUGAAAAGCACACAAACAUACAAGAACUAUAAUAUAUAUAUAUAUAUAUAUAUAUAUAUAUAUAUAUAUAUAUAUAUAUAUAUAUAUAUAUAUAUGUAUAUGUAUAUGUAUGUAUGUAUGUGUGUAGGUUUGUGUGUACCGUAUACACAUUUGAAUAUACAAAAAAUAUAUAAAUACUUUAUAUCCCCUAUGGAACAUUUUCUUAUCAGCUGUGGUUGUACAUACAGUAAAAGAGCCUGCAGACUUUUAUCCAGAAGUGGAAGAACGGUGGUUAGCCUUUUUUCCCAGAAGCAUUUCUUUUCUCUCAGAGAAAACAGUACUUUUUUUUGGAACAUGCGGCUUUGCUAUGAGAUACUCGCACAUAAACGUAAAUAACGGCAACCCAUCCGUUUUACGACAGAGGUGUAAAAAGCGAAGAGAGGAUUUUCGAAGCAUCCAUCUCGACCUUCGGUGGAGAACGAGGAUGGCAAUGUCUCAAGAAAGACUUUUUUUUGUUGUUGUUGUUGUUGUUGUUUUCAAGAACUCGGUGCCUUUUAUACUAAGGAAAACGUUUGACAACACCAAUACUUAAGGAAUCGAGAAUCCUCAGACUUAACUUUCAUUGAUUUGUUUGUUUUUUCAAAUUGCCUUAAUUUUUUCAGAGAAAAUGAAUUUUAGCCAUGAACGACGGAGAGCACAAAAUGAUUAUCGUCCUCCUCCUGCCCCGCUUUCUUUCCAUUUCUUUCUUUAGUUUUUCUUUCUUUUGGGGGGGAAGGGUGUAAAUGUUGCGUUCUUGGUUUUGAUACGUUUUUUUAAAUUAUUUUAAUGCUAACAAAAGAGCGAACGAAACCAUUCAGCGAUCGUUGUAUUUAUCGGUCCCGUGCCGUACGGGAGCACAUGACGUGAUUGUUUGGAAACACUGACGAUGUUGUGACCAACUUGUUUAGCCUCACCUUCCUUUGUACAAUUACUUGUUCGGCUCCCUUGCGCUCUUUUCUUCAAAACUCGUUUUAUUUGACUUUAUGGCGAGAGAGUGUUAUCGGUGGGGUUUUUUUUUUUUUAUUACAAGUUUUUUUUGUACAAAAAUGUAAAAGGAAACAAAAAGUCUGUAUCAGUGUUAAUUUGUCAUUUGAUUUGAAGUAUUCUCUGAUAAGGAAUGUACAGCGUGGUACAGAUAUUAUCAAUGAUGUUGAUUUAUGUCACUGUGCAGUGCAUUUCGCAUUGUCCUUUUUUCAGAAUUUAACAAUAUUUUUUUUUCCCUGGCAAUAAGAGUGACCACCACUUUUUCAGUUUUUUUCCAUGUAACACUAAAAUACUCCGUCAUCUUUGGACAUAGCUUGUAUGCUACGGAUUCGGUUAUUUUUCACCGGACUAAUUAGUAUUGUUCUUAACUGUCGACGGUCGUCUAAUAGCUGUAUGCUGGUUAAUCACCUGUGCACUUGUUGAAAUGCACCUGCUUGUUUAUGACCCUGAAAUAACGAUUCUUCAUUACAUUUUCACUGUGCGACAACAGCUUUUUUUUUGGAGGGGGGGCCAAAUUCGAUUUCAUCCGCUGCGUCUUCAUUCACCGUCACCCUCGUGCUUUAGCAGCGUCCCGGAAGCAGCAUUACUCAAUCUGAGAGGUCACGACCUUUCCGACGGCGAGUAACGUUACUUUUUUUUUUUUUUUUUUUUUUAUGAGACUGAAUCGGGCCUCGAGCAUCUUGCACUAAUAACUACACUGUAGGUCCGAAUCCAAUCGCGUUUGGUUUUUUUGUUUUUUUUUGUUCUUUCAGACACAAAUCAAGAGGCAUUAAAAGCGGAGUGAAUUAUCUCAGCGAACGGCGCGUCAGCGUUUUUCGGUUUUUUUUUUUGUACGUUCAUCGAUUUGCCGAUGAGCUGUUGACGUUGAAACGUUAGAAAUUUCGCCUGCGCAUUUCUCGACUCUGCUCGCUUUUGAUUUAUUUAUUUGGAGUCAGAAAUGACCGCUGAGAGUUGCGUUGAGUUGCUCACGGAUCGAUGUGCGUCUCGUUGUCAGUCGAUGCUGAAUUCCAUCGCGUCUCUUCGACGGCCUCAUAGCCUUUGGGCAAUAACGUUUUCUAAAAGAUGUAUUACAAUAGCUAAAAGCGAACGGCCAGUUUUUUCUCUCACAACAACAACAACAGUCGUCUGUUUGAUACGUCGUCAUUCUGAUAGUAUUUAUACAUGUUGUUGUUUUUUUUUUCCAACACUAACAUCCCCUUAAGCUGUUCAUCCGGUCUCUAAGCGUCUGUUGUCGGUGGUUAUUACCGACUUGCUUUUCGCUCGAACUUCGGUUAAAGAGAAACGGGAAACAAACACUUUGUGAAAAAGCGGGCUGACACUAGCCUCUGUAUUUAGAUGCUGUAAUAUACACUAAGAGAAUUUCCCUCUUCUAUGUGGCUAUGGGAUGUGCUGUCUGAAUCAGGAACUACUGUGAUCAGGUUUCGUAACGUUUGGAUGUAGAUCACCAACCAUUUGUGCAGAGUUUUGUAUUUUCACCUUAUGUGGCGUCAAACAGUUUCUUGACCGUGCAGUUGGUGGUGAACGCUUUUACUCCUUUUCUUUUCCCGUUCCUCUUAUACUUUUCUGAAUGGACCCCGAGAAGUCCCUUUCGGAGACCUAAACCUUCUCUUUGGGUGCGUUGGGUUGAGCAAUACAUAGAGAGGGGAAACGAUCGCUCGGAUGUAAUGCAGUGCGACGCUUGGCUUUCUUAAACGAGGCUCCGAGGGAGACGGUUUGUCUCUCUUGAUGGACGCCUUCCAACGCGUUCUCUUUCGCAACGACAAAGAAAACAACGUCAACGGCGUGAGCAGAGCCUUACGAUGGACACCGAGAAACCUCUGUACGUGUAAAAGACAUCGACAUUCGCCGUGGGAAGAUAGCUUUACUGUCUCUGCCACAUAUUUUGCUAUUGGGUAAAUAUGUAUAUUUAUUGAUAAUUCAUAUGUUGUGUAUAUGUAGUGACCUAUGAUCGUCGAGGUUCAAAGAGUGUUUGUAUAUUUUUUGACUUUUUUGAAAGAGAGGUUGUGUCUCCUUCACCGUCUCUUCAUUUCUCUGCUGUUUCGCUGCAUCACUCGUUGUGAUUGGGUGUUUCAAUUCGUGAGAUCUUUUAACCUUGGAUUUUUAAGAUCUUUUUUCUCUCUCGCUCUCGACUCUCUCUCUCUCUCUCUCCUCUCUUUCUUGUCUAUCUUCUGGUCAUAUUGAUAUGCAGAAGUUAUCUGAAAUUAUCAAAGCACAUUCCCUGAUUUAUUGUGUUCUUUCGAUGCUUUCAUGUUGCGACAAUACAAAGGUGUGUAUACUAACUGCUACACACAUGUAUAUAGGGUGCAUAUAUGUGUACACAUGUGCAAUACACGCUAUUUGAGCAAUCUAUUACUGUGACUAUUAAUCAUUAAAAAUUGCUGUCCCUUUGAA